GAGGAAGACAGAGAGAGAGAGACAGUUGAGGGGAAGCGUAGGGAGGAGGAAGAGAGCAAAAAGAAAGGAAGGAAAAGGAGAGAAGGGGGCUAAAGGAAGACAGGAUGGCAGAGCCAGAGCUGAAAUCACAGAGCAGCCUGGAGAGCUUGAAGAAGGCAGCCGAGGGCCAGGAGAAGAUGGAGGCUGAGGCGGUUCCCGACAACCCAGACAAGCCUCCUUCACCGGACAAGCAUCCAUCCAAGCCUCCGUCCCAAUCCACCAUUACCGACACAGGCACCGUGGCAGCCACCACCCCUACUGCAGAUGCCUCCUCCCCAGCCAAGGCAGCGGGCGGCAAGAUCGAGCUGAAGCGCAGCAUCACGCUCUUCAAUGGCGUGGGCAUGAUCAUCGGCACCAUCAUCGGCUCGGGCAUCUUCAUCACGCCCACAGGGGUGGUAAAGGAGGCUGGCUCGGCCGGUCUGUCGCUGGUGGUGUGGGCCGUGUGCGGUGUGGUGUCCACCAUGGGCGCCCUGUGCUACGCCGAGCUGGGCACCACCAUCACCAAGUCGGGUGGAGACUACACCUACAUCCUGGAGGUGUACGGCGAGCUGGCUGCCUUCCUCAAGCUGUGGGUGGAGAUGCUGAUCAUCAGGCCGUCCUCCCAGUAUGUGGUGUCGCUGGUGUUCGCCACCUACCUGCUCAAGCCCCUCUACCCAAACUGCAGUGUGCCCGACAGCGCCGCCAAGCUCAUCGCUUGCCUCUGCCUCACAUCAUUGACCUUUGUGAACUGCAUCAGCGUGCGGGCUGCCACCAAGGUCCAGGACUUGUUCACUGCGUCAAAGCUCCUGGCCCUGAUCAUAAUCAUCGUUUUCGGUUUCAUUCAGAUCGGUACAGGUGAUGUGCCAUACCUGACACCAGAACUGGCGUUUGAAGGCAGCAAAUGGGGAGUCGACAACAUUGUGUUGGCUCUAUACAGUGGACUCUUUGCUUUUGGUGGCUGGAAUUACCUGAAUUACGUGACAGAGGAAAUGAUCAAUCCAGAGAGAAACCUGCCACUGUCCAUCAUUAUCUCCAUGCCCAUUGUGACUGUGGUGUACGUACUGACCAAUCUGGCCUACUUCACCACUAUCCCCCCGAGUGUGAUGGUUGAGUCCGAGGCAGUAGCUGUGAUCUUUGGGGAGUACCAUCUUGGUGUGAUGUCCUGGCUCAUCCCUGUCUUUGUGGGGCUGUCCUGCUUCGGAGCGGUCAACGGAAGCCUGUUCACCUCGGCACGGCUGUUUUAUGCUGGCGCUCGAGAGGGUCAGCUCCCUGCUGCACUGGGAUUGGUCCACACUGACCUCUUCACUCCAGUGCCCUCCCUCAUUUUCACGUGUUUCCUGUCCAUGCUGUAUGCCUUGUCCAAGGACAUCUUCUCGGUCAUCAACCUGUUCAGCUUCUUCACCUGGCUGUGUGUGGGCAUGGCCAUUGCCGGCUUGCUGUGGCUCCGCUGGACCAAGCCAGAGCUCAGGAGACCCAUCAAGAUUUGGUUGGUGGUCCCUGUGGUGUUUGUGCUGGGCUGUGUCUUUAUGAUCGUGGUGUCCUUCUGGGCAGCUCCCUUUGAGUGCCUGAUAGGCAGCGGGAUCAUCCUCACUGGUAUCCCUGCCUAUCUCCUGGGGUACAAGUGGAAGAAGCCCCACGUUGUAAAGAAGAUCCUAGAGAUCUUUACUCUGUUCUGCCAGAAGAUUUUUAUGUCUGUUCCAGAAGAGCGGGAAGAGAAGGAAUCAGUCAAAGUAGCUGAAGAAGUCGAAACAACAAAGGAAGACUGAGUCAAUCUAUUAGUUGGAACAUUACAUGUUUACACUCAUUAUUGCUUUUGUGACAGAGUUCGAUGACUCUUGGUAACAUAGGGUUUAUACAUAUAGGGUUUAUAUGUAUGCUUCAGUGUACAUAUUUUGUAUUUUACAUGCAUUUUCAUACUGUAUCAUCCCUUUGUACUCUCUCCAGUAAUUCAAUUCCAGUUAUUCCACUUUCCAGUCAUAUAGAGUACUUCAAACAUCCUCACAUUUUAUCUUACCUAACCUUUUGUAUUUUAUUUUUUUAACCUAUUUUGUUCUUCAGUAUUCAAUAGACCUGGAUUAAGCUAACAAAAAGAGGAGUCAGGAAACAGACAAAAGAGUCAUAUUUUCAUCAAGUUUUGGUAUGCUCCUCAGACAAUCAUCCAAAUCUAGAUAACUACACUACCGGUCAAAAGUUUUAGAACACCUACUCAUUCAAGUGAUUUUCUUUGUUUUUACUAUUUUCUACA